AUGAUAAUAACUAGUGAUGAGCUACUAAAAUAUCACCAUGGAUUUAAGGGUCACAAACAGAUCAAAGAGUAUAUAAUCACAAACGGAGACUGGAUUUUGGAAGAGGAAGAUAUUCAAGAAGGAGAGGACGAUAUGGGUAUGAAAGGAGAAGGUUUUAAAGAGGUUGAUGAUGAAACAAAAAAGGAAGAUGAUAUCACGAUCGAGUAUAAUGACACAGGAAACACCUCCGAUAGAAUGACUGAAGAAUCUAGGUAUACCAACGAUGAUGAAGGAAUCAACAUAGAGCACAAUCUUCAAUUUAGAAAAUAUAAUCAGCCUGCAAGCCGCAAUUUCGGAUUCAUACUAGACGUGGAAAACUUAUCACCAGGGUACAACGAGGACACUGAAGAUUAUGUCAAACAACAAGAGAUUCAUCACAAGAAAUUCUUAGAAGAGAUACGGUCAAAAGGGUUGACCUUGAAGGACGGAGAACUGUCCUCUGCAUUAGUGCACCGUUUGGAAGAAUAUAGGGCACAACAGAAGGAAGCUACCAACUUUCUGGAAGAAUCAGAGUACCAGGGAGGUGGCCUCAAUUAUUAA